AGAAGAAUAAAUUUAGGUUUUCCAAAAUCCUCAUGACACAAAGAAACCCUUUUCCCUUAUUGUUUUAGGGUUUCUUUUUAAUUCCUAAUUCUCUCUCUCCCCCCACAAAUGCAUCACUGUCAUCAAAUUUGUCGUCGUUAAUGCAAUCAGCUUCUGUAUUUGACUCUAUAUUGUUCAUGUUUCGCUUUCAAUCUUUCGGUUAUUUGUAGCUCUCCGUAUGAUGCGAUUGAAGUUGAUGAACCCUAAUUUUGACUCUUGCAAACUUUAGUGUAACCAGCAAUUUGUAUGUGGGUCCAAGGUACGAGCUUUUUUCUGAUUUAGGGUUUUUAAAUUUCAACCCUCCAUGGCUUAUCUUUCGUUAUUUUUGAGAUUUUAGAAAUGUGUGUGGUUUGGGAUAUCUCGAGGUUAAAACAUUGAUUGUUUCGGAUAUAAAGGGGUUGACGAUUUGGGGGUUUUGGUGGUUUAUUUUGGUGGAUAUGAUUAAGCAAAUACUGAAUAAGCUUCCCAGAAAGCCAUCUUCGAAAUCCUCCCAAAAUGAUGGGGGGAAGAAUGAUAUGGCUUUUCCUUCGAUGAAUUCGGGUGUUAAUAAUAGUUCUAAGACCACUGGUUCAUCGGGUAAGGGUUCGAAUCCAGCCAUUAAUGGAAGUUAUGCUCCAAAUGUUAAGUCAAACCAAGGGAAGAAGUCAGGUCCUCUUGGGUCAACCCAAGUGAGCCAUGGACCGAAUCAUGCUGUUUAUGAAGCAUUGCCGAGUUUUCGGGAUGUACCGAGCUCAGAAAAGCACAAUCUUUUCAUCAGGAAGUUGAAUAUGUGUUGUGUGGUGUUUGAUUUUAGUGAUCCUUCUAAGAAUUUGAAAGAAAAGGAUGUUAAGAGACAGACUUUGCUUGAGCUUGUUGAUUAUGUAUCCUCGGUUUCUUCGAAAUUCAACGAGGUCACAAUGCAGGAGAUCACAAAAAUGAUCGGUUCGAAUCUUUUUCGGUCUUUGCCUUCGUCGAUUCAUGAUAACAAACUGCCGGAUGUUUUUGAUCCGGAGGAUGAUGAACCAAGUAUGGAACCCUCAUGGCCUCAUCUUCAAAUUGUGUAUGAAUUUCUUCUCAGGUUUGUGGCUUCAUCGGAGACGGACGCUAAGCUUGCUAAACGAUACAUCGAUCAUUCCUUUGUGUUGAGAUUGCUUGAUCUUUUUGAUUCCGAAGACCAAAGGGAAAGAGAAUAUUUGAAGACAAUCCUUCACCGGAUCUAUGGAAAGUUCAUGGUGCAUCGGCCGUUCAUUAGGAAAGCCAUCAACAAUAUCUUUUACCGUUUUAUAUUCGAGACAGAAAAGCAUAAUGGGGUUGCUGAAUUGCUUGAAAUAUUGGGUAGCAUAAUUAACGGGUUUGCGUUGCCUUUGAAAGAAGAGCACAAGCUUUUUCUUAUGCGCACGUUGGUUCCUCUUCACAAACCCAAAUGUUUAUCGAUGUAUCAUCAGCAACUCUCAUAUUGCAUCACACAAUUUGUGGAGAAAGACUUCAAGCUGGCUGACACAGUGAUUAGAGGACUAUUGAAGUAUUGGCCAAUAACCAAUAGUUCAAAAGAGGUUAUGUAUCUUAGUGAAUUGGAAGAAGUUCUUGAAUCUACCCAAGCUGCAGAGUUUCAAAAAUGCAUGGUCCCUUUGUUUCGUCAGAUUGGCCGCUGUCUUAACAGUUCACAUUUCCAGGUAGCUGAACGUGCGUUAUUCUUAUGGAAUAACGACCACAUAAGGAAUCUGAUAACUCAAAACCGCAAAGUGAUCCUGCCCAUAAUCUUCCCUGCUUUGGAGAAAAACACACGAGGUCACUGGAACCAAGCCGUUCAAAGCCUGACCCUCAACGUCAGGAAAAUAUUUUCAGAUGCCGAUCAAUCUCUGUUUGACGAGUGCCUCGUCAAAUACCAAGAAGAUGAACUCAAAAAGAAAGAAAACCGCAAAAAGCGCGAAUCUACCUGGAUCCGUCUCGAAAACGUAGCAGCCGCCAAAACCAACGAACCCAUUCUGACCUCAAAGUUCACUUCUGUUGCCAUUGGUGCCACCACCACCACCACCACCACCCCAACACCAUCUUCACUCGCGACUGCAAGUAGCUGAUUACAUUCGUCUACUGAUUUUGUGAUCCGAGUUUGACUUGUUGGUGUGACCCGAUGAAGUAUGGUUCGUUGACGCUGUGGGGCCCGGUUCGUUUGGAGUUGGGAGAAUGAUUUUGGGGAGAAUGGGAAGGGUGAAGAUUGGGAGUUUUGUGGAUAGAAAUGAAGGUGGUAAGUGUUGUUUUUUUGCUUUUGGGUUGUAUUAUCAGCCAUGGAUGUCUUUGUAGCAUAAAAAACCAGUUGAAAAGAGCAAGUGUUUAUUUGGAUUUCUACCCCCAUAAUGUUAUAUUAAUGUAAUGAUGCAAAAAUUUGAUGCU